AUGUACAAAUUCGAUACGUACAUUAUAGUGGCAUUCGUUGCCUUGAGUCUAAAUGUAUCCCAGGCAAAGUCCUUGAAUGCGGAUCAAGACCGCACGGGCAAAUGGUUGAACGAAAUAUUCCCAUUGCUAGAUUAUAUCGGUACUCAGUAUGGAAUGUGCACUAGCAAUACCUCAGAUGCCUUAAAGGAAACUCUUUCUAAAUUGGCGGUGUUGGAAAGAAAAUUGACAGGGGUGCAGGAUCAACAUAAAGGUAUCCAGAAGUCAAUUCAAGAUCAUUCGACCGAAGAGAAAACAUUGCUGGAGAACAUCGAAACGAGACUUGGAAAGAUUGAAGAUCAUAUAGCAGAAAAAAAUCAGACCCAAUUCCAACAAUGGUCCAUACUGGAAGUUGGCAAUCCGCAGGACUUUAAAGCAGUUCUAGAUAGGAUGGAAGAACUUCAGACGUACAUGGAAAGAAAGAUUAAAAAGGCUCUUAUGGGAAUGGCAAAUUUUAAAAGGAUUGGCACUCGUUACUUCUAUAUCGAAUCAGAAGUGAAGCAAAAUUGGCAUAUGGCUAACGAAACGUGUCGUGAAAUGGGCGGCUACUUAGCCUCCAUUGAAAAUAAAGAGGAACUCAAAAAUAUUGAUAAUAAACUUAAGGAUUCAUCUUUUUACUGGCUGGGCAUCAAUGAUCUGAGAAAAGAGGGCCAAUACGUUUCAGAGGCAACCGGAAAAAAUGCCACAUUUUUGCCCUGGAGAAUCGGUCAACCGGAUAACGACAAAAGUAACGAGGAUUGCGUUCAUCUUUCUUCCUUUGAGAUACAACAUAACUCAAUGAACGAUCUUCCCUGCACAGAGAAACUUUAUUUUAUUUGCCAAUGGGACGAUGAAGUUUAG